GUCACUUUUCUUAAAUUUCGGGCCUCUAUCAAAAAGAGUUUUAAAAUUCCAAAUAUUAUCAGAUUGUUCAUGUGUGUAGGAUGCCUGUCGCCGUUCGCUUGGUGGAAGCUCUGGCCAUAGUCACACUAAUGGCCCUAAUUACUUGCGUCUCCCUCUGUGUGGUGAUUGCACAGCAAUCGUUGAGCCUUGCAAUAACAUUCAUAGAGCCAGCUGCAAAUAUACUCGAUGUCGUGUUGAUAAUGGCCGAGAAAUUGUUGGUCGGCGCAUUGGUAUUCAGUGUUACCCUAAUCAAUACUGUUUGUUGUGCAUUGCAUAUGAUUGGAAUUGCUUAGGGAAGUGACACUUGACCCACAAUGGUGAUCUGACAAUACUGUACACUAUUUAUGGUGACUUUUAAAACUCUUCUAUCAGAUCAGCACCAUACUCAAGUGAUGUAAAACAAUUGAAAUUUUUAGCGCUUUCCCUGUAUAAAAGUGAGGCAAGAAAAUAAAUUUUACCGAAUUUUGUACCGGCUUUUCUACAACUUAAAGCCCAUUUAUAAUAU